CGUUAUUAUAAGUUCUCUGUAGGCAGUUUUCUGCUGUUAAAUAUUUCCAAUUGGCGAAAAGAUUUUGUGUUUUUGCACAUUUUUCGAACUUUAAAGAUAGCUUUGAACAACCAUGGGCGGACACGGUCACGGUGAACCCUACACAGUACCACAUCCAUCAAUUUACAAAGUGGAAAACAUACCUAAGCUACGUGAAGUACAAGAAGCGUUAGCCAGACAAGGUUUGAAGGAUCCAUGGUUGAGGAAUGAAGUCUGGCGCUAUGAGCCGAGCACAAUGGGCACACAUGCAACGCGUGCACGCGCUUUCUUCUUACGUGGUUUACUGUGGGGAUCAAUUGCGGCUGCCAUUCAUAUAGGUUGCGAAUAUGCGUUUAGCUCAAAAGAUGACCAUGGUCAUGGUCAUGGCCAUGGUGAUGGGGAACACGCUGAAGGUGGUCAUCAUUAAACAACCUCUUUACAUUCACAUUUAAAUAACAUCAAAAUAUAGUUAAACUUGCUUGUAAAGAAUUUCUGUGUGAGUAGCGGUGCAUUCAAAUACCGAAUAAAGCGUUUAGACUAAUUUAAA